AUGAAGCAAGAAGAUUGGGAACGAGUGUUACAGAAAAUAAAAACACUCAUCAAUAAUCAAAAAAUACGAGAUAUUGAUACUGUUAGACUUGUGAUGCUUUAUGCACUUCAUUAUGAAAAACAUGCAAACAAUGAUAUUAAUGGUUUAAUUGAAUUACUUAAGAAAAGAAAUGUUCCAGACAAAUAUAUUAAGCUUAUAUAUAACAUUUUAGAAUAUAGUGGUGUUAAUACAAGGCAAAGUAAUCUAUUUGAUCGAGAAGCAGUUGCAAAAAUAACUAAAAAAUUAUUUAAAGGAUUAAGUGGAGUGGAUAAUAUAUAUACACAACAUUGUCCUCUGAUAAAUGAAACGUUAGAGGAUUUAAUAAAAGGAAGAUUAAGUACGCAUGCAUUUCCAUAUUUUGGCAAUAUGAUAAUGUCACGAAGCUCGGUGUAACGUUGCCAGUUGUUUGGUAAUUGACGUUGCCGAAUGUUAGAUACGAGAUCGAAGCGUACAAUUCUUAUGUUUGCGUUCAGCGGUUCA